AGAAUGGCAGACGAGAACUCUUCAGUGACAGAGUUCAUACUUGCAGGCUUAACAGACCAGCCAGGGCUCCAGAUACCUCUCUUCUUCCUGUUUCUAGGUUUCUAUCUGGUCACCGUGGUGGGGAACCUGGGCCUGAUAAUACUAAUUGGGUUGAACUCUCACCUGCACACCCCCAUGUACUUUUUCCUCUUCAAUCUCUCCUUAAUAGAUUUCUGUUACUCCACCACCAUCAUCCCCCAAAUGCUGAAGAGUUUUGUUUCAAAUCAGAACGUUAUCUUGCAUGCAGGGUGUAUAACUCAAUUCUUUUUCUUCUGCUUCUUUGUCAUCUCUGAGUCCUUCCUCCUGUCAGCGAUGGCAUAUGACCGCUAUGUUGCCAUCUGUAAACCACUGGUGUACAUGGUCACCAUGUCUCCUGAGGUCUGUUUACUCCUCUUGUUGGGCACAUAUGUGAUGGGGUUUUCAGGGGCCUUGGCCCAUACGGGAAACCUAGCAAGUCUGACCUUCUGUGCUGACAACCUUGUCAAUCAUUUCAUGUGUGACAUUCUUCCUCUCCUUGAACUCUCCUGCAACAGCACUUAUGUCAAUGAGCUGGUGGUCUUCAUAGUUGUUUCCAUUGGCACUGGAAUGCCCAUUGUCACCAUCUUCAUCUCUUAUGCUCUAAUCCUCUCCAGCAUUCUCCACAUUCAUUCCACUGAGGGCAGGUCCAAAGCUUUCAGUACAUGUGGCUCCCACGUAAUUGUGGUCUCUGUUUUCUAUGGUUCUGCAGCUUUCAUGUAUCUCAAACCACCUUCUAUUUUGCCCCUUGACCAAGGGAAAGUGUCCUCCCUGUUCUAUACCAUUGUGGUGCCCAUGUUAAACCCAUUGAUCUAUAGUCUGAGGAACAAGGACGUCAAAGUUGCCCUGAGGAAAACUUUGAGAAGAAAAAUAUUUUCUCGAGAAAGGAGUAGUAUUUGA